AUGCAUUUUGCAAUUCAAGGGAGGCCUAGUAUCCUUCCAAAACCUGCUCAAUACUCUACAAUAUCCGAUCAGCAAGUAACUAUUUUGAAAUCGCAAAGAAAUACUCAAUUAAAAUCCGGAUUUACCGGAUAUUGGUCAGCAAAAUUCCCAGAAUCAAUUACUCCAACACCUAGAAAGGACGCAUUCUGUGUCAAUGUUCCAGAACUUGACGGAUUUUUCAUUGGCUACGGUAUAACAGAAAAUAAAGGAUUGUGUGACGACGUGUGGUUCUACAACCUCAAAACAAACAAAUGGAAUAGACUUAAUCUUACAGGAGACGUUGUUUCCCCACGUACUGGAACCAAAGCGGUGUUCAUCGCCAAUAAUAUAAUUUUAUUCGGCGGAUUUUGUAAUAACGAAUAUUACUCAGACUUACACCGCAUCGACAUUACCACAGGUGUCGUUUCUCGUAUCGAAACUACCGGAGAAGAACCUUGUCCGCGUUGCCAUUGUGUCAUGACACUUUUUGACAAAUCUAUUGUCAUUUGGGGCGGAAAUACAGAGAAUGUAUGCCACGGAGACCUUUACAAACUUAGCCUUGAGACAUUCGAAUGGACUAAAGUUACAUCAAAUGUUCCAGGCCGCACAGGCGUUCCAUAUUGUGUUUCACGAAACAAAAUUUUUGCCUAUGGAGGAAACAAAACCGGUUUAAUCGUCAUUGACCUUGAAAACGAUACCGUUGAAGUUCGAGACACGAUUGGCUGCAAUCCCGACAUGACAGUCAUGUCCGGAAACAUGGUUUCCACCGACAAGUUCGUCUUCCUUUUCGGAGGACAGAAAAUCGAGAAAGAAGUUUAUGAUUUAGUCUAUUGUUUAGACUUAGAUAAGAUGUGGUGGUUCAUCUUCUUCCUGAGUCCAGAUGGAACUACUACAUCACCAGAAGAUGGAUACAUUGAUAAAUUAGGAUUAUUCAACAUUCCAAAUGCAUAUGGCUGUAAUUACUUGUACAAUGAAAAAGAAAGAGAAAUUGUUUACUGUUUAGGCUAUCCUUCAAGUGAUCCACCAAAUGUACACACUAUAUCUAUUAGUGAAGCACUUGGUUUCUUACACAUGAGAGAUGAUAUGCUUGACAUUCUCAGACACAAAUAA